AUGAUAGAAUUUGUGAGUUUUUUAAGGAAUAAUAUUUUUGCAAGUUGGGAGGCAACCGGAAGAAAAGUCCGCAAGAAAUGUCCGCAAAAAAUGUUCGCGAAGAAACGUCCGAAAAGAAAAGUCCGCAUAAAUAGUCCGCAAAAAAAUCCGCAAAAAAUGUCCGCAAAAAUGCCCACACCAAAAAAAUUUGGGAUGAAAAUCAUGAAAAUAAAAUAAUUUUUCCAGCCUCAACUCCAGCAAGCACAUUAUCAAAUCCAAAUAUUAAUAAUAAUAAUCUUGUACCUACUACUAAUUCGCAACAAUUACAACAACAACAACAAUCACCACCACUACCCCCAUUAACUUCUCCUCCUCAAAUAAAUCCAAUAAAUGAUUUGUUAUCUUCCUCAGAUGCACUAACUGCUUUAUAUUAUCACUAUUAUUUUUCACAAUAUUCAUUACCACCACAAUUUGUGUUGCCUCAACAAUUGGGAGGAAAUGGAAAUUGUUGCAAAUUUCACCAGGAAAAUUUGAAAGAUACUCAGCAAAAUUCUGACCAAAAUCCGUAUACUUCUCGCAAUUCUGCAGUAGUUCAAAAGUGGAUGAAAAAUGGUUGUUGUUUUUCUAAUACUCAACAAAAGGAAGCUAAGGAUAAAAGGAAAAGGGCUGGAAGUGAUCCAGGUUUAAUUAAAAAACUAUUUUUCGGUUGGGCAGGGAUGUCUCGUGUUGAAAAAAAGUCGGGGUUAUGAUUAUGUUUUCGAAAUUUUUUUUGGAUUAGGUUUAGGGUAAAAAAAAGUUUGUGGUUAUUUGGAGGGGUCAUUUAGGUUGGGGUUGGGCGUGAGUCGGAUUUUUAUUGUUUUUUUCUGUGUCGGGCCGGGUUUCGAAAUUUUCUCAGGGUUUCG